UACAACAAAUUUCACCUGCAUCAUUUUCACACUAAUCAACCCACCCCUUGCUGUUACAACCUUUCCUGAUCCGUCCCUAACAAGAUUCCAGCGUCUCAGAAGGAACGCAGCAAGAUGCCAGGGGUAGACUGACUCGUGUAUGACCUGGACCUGAGCUGAGCCAGCUGAGCUGAGCUGCGUGUUUUGGGCAGGCAAGGGUCAAGAGCAGCCGCGUCACUGAACAACAGAAAAUACACCAGGAAACAUCAUGGACAAAGACAGCGAUGGCGAGAAGACGACAGUGGCUCUCAAAAGGAAGAUCACGCUCUUCAACGGGAUCUGCAUGAUCGUAGGCGGGAUUAUAGGCGGCGGGAUCUUCAUCUCACCGAAAGGUGUGCUGGCGGGGAGCGGUUCCAUCGGGGUGUCCCUGAUCGUGUGGGCGGCCUGCGGAGUCUUCUCCAUCGCCGGGUCGCUCUGCUACCUCGAGCUGGGCUUCUCCAUACCGAAGUCCGGGGCGGGGUACGCCUACAUCCUGGAGGGGUUCGGGGAACUGCCCGCCUUCCUGUUUCUCUGGGUGGAGUUUCUGAUCAGGAACCCGACGUCGGAGGCCAUCUCUGCCCUGACGUUCGCUUCCUAUGUCGCACAGCCGUUCUUCCCGCACUGCGAGGCGCCACAGAGACUGAAGACCAUCAUAGCUGCACUAUGCCUCAGUAUUCUGAUCUUCAUCAACUGUGCGAAGGUCCGCUGGGGAACGCGGGUUGUGGAUCUGUUCACCAUCACCAAGCUGUUCGCGCUGGUUAUCGUCAUAGUGGCGGGCUUCGUGUCGUUGGGCAGGGGUAAGACAGAAAACUGGCAGGAUACGUUUGCUGGGGUGACUACCGUGGGAGGCAUCGCACAGGCGCUGUAUUCAGGACUGUACGCGUAUUCAGGAUGGGACGGCCUUAACUUUGUAACCGAGGAGCUCCGGGACCCAGUCAGAAACAUGCCUGGGGCGAUUUUUGGCGGGUUGGGGGUUGUGAUGAUAAUCUACAUGCUGACAAACGUGUCCUACUACACCGUACUGACCAGCGGGGAGAUACUGGCGGUAGACGCUGUGGCAGUGGAGUUCGCCAGGAGGAUGCUGGGAGUCAUGGCCUGGUGCAUCCCUGUGUUCGUCGCCAUGUCCACCUUCGGUACCCUCAACUCCACCAUUUUCCAGUCAGCCAGAAUGUACUACGUGGGAGGUCGUGAAGGUCACCUGCCGGUCUUCAUCUCCAUGAUCCACGUCACCAGACUGACGCCACUUCCGGCCUUACUGGCUAACGGUGUGCUAGCGUUGAUCAUCCUCCUGUUCGGAGAUAUCUACACACUGAUCAACUACUACGCCUUCAUCCGGUGGACCGGCGUGGGGGCCGCCGUGGCCGCGCUGCUCAUCCUGCGGUGGAGGAAGCCGGACCUCCCGAGGCCAUUCAAGACGCCUCUGAUCUUCCCCAUCCUGUUCUUCCUGGCCUGUGUGUUCCUGGUGGUGAUGCAGUUCUACACCAACCCGUACAACCCGCUCAUACGGCAUCGCCCUGUCUCUCACCGGCCUGCCCUUCUACUUCCUCUGCGUCAGGCGCACCAGCAAGCCGAAGGUCCUGGAGAGGGUCUACGGUGAGUUCCUCCGUCGUUACCAACAGCUGUUUCAGGUGUGCCUUCCUGACAAGCCACCUGAGUUAUGAGGAGACAUGCCCAGGAAAUACUCAUCGUAGUUUAGUGGGCCUUGGAAUUCCGUCGUUAGAGUAUGCUACUAUCAUUCGUUACAUUCAAAAUAUCAUUAUGAAUUGUCAUAACCCUUAGAUGUUGGGAAAAAAACAUGAAUAAGAAAGAGCCAGCAAGUCAUCGAUUUCGUAUGGGCUAGAAGGAACACAUCUUUAGGGGGCUGGUUUUAUAAUAUCUAUUUUUGGCACUUCGAAUAUACAUGUACGAUAGUACCGUUUCAUUACAUUGACUGCAAUGUCAUUGAUCAAUGAUAAUGCAUAUGAUAUUGCACAUUCUAAAACGACCAAGUUGAAAGCAUGCUUUUCUAGGCAUUUUCCCAAUUGCAUCCGUUUCUAAACCAGUAUAAUGUCACCCACGUAUCUGUCUUACUGCGCUGAAUUUCAGUGUGGAACAAGCCCAACUUAUUUCCUUACCACUGUUUAUGCAAGUACAUGUACACUUUUUAUGUGUAUCAUACGCAAUACUACUAGUAACUAUAGACAUUAUAGAUUAGGAAAAGGGAUUACCAAAGACAAACAGGUACAUAAAACAAAGCGUUUCACUGUUUAUUCAUAUUUCUCCUAUACAGUAUCUAUAUGAGAAGGCAGCAGCAGAGACAUUGUUUCCUAACAUUAUUUCUUUAAUGUCAACAAUGUUAUGCUAAUAAAUUCAGUAUUUCAGCUACUUUAAUAAAACGAUGGUUAUAGACAA